AUGACAACCCCAGCACCAGUGACGACAGUGUGCGUGAAGCAUGUCUGUACGUGGUCUAAGUGGUAUGAUUCCACACAGCCGGAAAACGGAGAGGACAGCGGGGAUUAUGAAACAUUUGAAAAGCUCAGGGGAGAAGGAUACAAUGUGUGUAAAUUCCCAAAUGCUGUUCAGUGCAGAGCCAAAGAAUACCCAGAUACAGAAAUAAACCACCUUAAUCAAACUGUAGAAUGCAGUCAAAGCAGAGGAUUAAUAUGCAAUAACAAAGACCAGCAAUCUAAGCAGUGCUAUAAUUAUGAAAUUAGAAUUUCAUGUUGCACUUACAUACCGUGUUCAGAAAUACAAACGACAACACCAAUAUCCACAGAAGAAGUCACAACAGCAACUGCUAUAACGUCUACAAUACAGACAACGAUAAAACCAACUACACGGCAACAAGGAACUGAAACGCAACAAACUGAAGUACCUACGGAGCCAACGACAGGCAGAGAGAGUACAACUGUAACUUCACAGACAACAAAGACAUCGCAAGUCUCAACAACAACUUACACGACCACGACUCCUCUGGAAGAAACUUCCACUGUGGUGACCACGGCAACAACAUCACCCACUACAGUGGUCACUGUCCCUGAAGAAGAGACCACAACUACCACUGGAACCACUGUUGUCACAACGACCACUGCCCGGCCAACAGAAGGAACAACCCUUGUCCCUACCGCCAGCACGGCCAGGACCUCUCCCCUGCUGACAGAAGGGGAAGUGAUAUACAACAGAACAGACAUGGCUGGCUGCAAUUUUUACGCCCUUUGCAGCAAGGAAUGUGAAAUCACCCGAUUCCAGGGGCUGUGUCCUUCACCAACCCCUUUCACUUCAGUCGCCUCAGAAACUACAACGCGAGCUGCCUCGUCACCAACCACAGCAACCUCCCUCACAACCUCAGCAGAAAGGAACUGUACCGACGUCAAUCCUCCACGAAAGGCUGGAGAGAGCUGGGUGAGUGAGUGCCAGAAGUGUGUCUGUGACCCCGCCACGGCGACCGUGCAAUGCCAGCCGCUCUGCCCGACUCCUCAGACACCCACCUGCGACCUGGGAUUUGUUCCCGUUCCUGUGCUACCACUCAAAGACCCGUGUUGUCCUGAAUUUAAAUGCGAACCACUGCCUGACACCUGUGUGAUUAACGGUACGAUGUACAAGGUUGGAAUGUCAACAGUCAUUGAUACGUGCAAGAACUGUACCUGCAGUGCCGAGAAAGAUCCAGUGACCAAAGCAAACAUCGUGCGCUGUGAAGCGGUUCGGUGUGAAACCUCUUGCCCGCUGCUUGAUGAGAUCCUGCCACUCGAUAACUGCAGCCAUUACAAAUGUGAAAAAAUCGAAGAUCAAUUUGUUGCAGUCCAAACUAAGAGAGUGUGCCCCGAGUACAACCCAGGAGAGUGCGAUCCUGAUGAAGCAGAGACUACUCCCGACGGCUGCUGCAAGAUAUGUAAACCUCCGAACUGCAAACCCUACAGCAAAAAAACUGUGAUCCGCCAAGGUGACUGUGAAUCUUCUGAACCCGUCGAGCUGGCCUACUGUGAAGGAACUUGUCCUGGCUCAUCCAUGUAA